UCAGAGACGUGAGGAGCUUCCAGGUCGGAGGAGGAGGAAGUUUUAAAACACUGAUCUGUCAUCAUGCCUUCGGAAAGUUUACGCUGGAAAACUCUGGAGGCUUUACGGAACUCCAAGAAGGGAAAGAUCUCGUUCGGCCCUCACAGCUGGGAGAGAAGCGAGGAUAUUCUGGGCGGCUAUAAAGACACGAUCAGCUUGUCUUCACAAGCCGGCCUCAUAUUAGACCGUCUUGGCUCCUCACCCCUGCAGACGUCCAGCUUCCUGGACUCCAGCUCUGGACACUCCAGCCCCGGCCUGUCUGAGCAGACAACAGACUCCAUCGUGUCCAGAGAAUCAGUCUUUGACAUCAACGCUCAGGCGCUACAGGUGGAGCGUGAGAAGACUCCCAGCGAUGAGGCAAAGGAUGAAGAUCCAGAGAAAGACGACAGUGAGGUGUCCAGUCCUCUGCCUCCACCGGCCAUUUCCCUGCUGUCGCCCAAAGCCAUGGAGAUCACCGGUCGCAUUAUCAAGAUUGAGAAGGAAUAUAGAGAAAAGGCCCAGGUGGCGCUCAGACAGCGACAGGAGAUGCAGGAGAAGUUUGUGGCGGAGUUGGUGAGUUCAGGGUCGGAGCAGCUGAAACGCUUCGAAGAGUUCAUGGAGCUGAAGCAAAGACAGGAGUGCCAGAGCAUAAGAGACAUGAUGGACAGAGAAACCAAAGAGAGCAUUGGGCGACAAGAGAAGCUGAAGGAAGAGCAAAGACACAGAAUGAAGAUCCUGAACCUACGACUGAGGGAGGCGGAGCAGCAGCGUGUGCGUGAGGCUGAGCUGGAGCGGCAGCGGCAGGUGGAGGGGAUGGAGAGGCUGAGAAACCUUAACACCAUCCAGGAGGAGAUCCUGCAGCUGAACCAGCUGCUGGAGCCGUCCUCCCAGACCAAAAGUGACCUCCCUCCAGCCAGCCUUAGCUCGUACAGCACCCGAGGGAACCAGCUGUGCUCACAGGUGUCUGAAGUUGUGAGAAAGACGGCAGAGGGGGCGUUUCCCAGCAUGGAUGACAUGACAGCUGCUGAACGUUCCCUCCACGAAAUGAGGGCGCUGAUUCGACUGCUGCAGGAGGAGGUGGCAAGAGUACAGGAACAUAAGAAGGGGGAGGAGGAGGAGCUAAAGAAGCAGGCGGAGCUGCAGGUGCAGCAGGAGGCGCAGAAGAAGGCGGCACAGUUGGCCAAAGAGAAGGCUCGGAGGAAAGGGCUGCAGAACAGUGCUGAAGACAGCACUUUGAGAUGGUACAUGGACAUUCGGGAUUCAGCUGCUCAGUGCGCUCAGUCCUUCGACCAGCUCAACUGCACUAAAGACGUCCAGUUAAAGAAGCUAAAGCUGGAGCUUCAGAAAGCCGCCAACAUCCCAAUCAGUCAAAUUUCCAGCAAUUCAGGUUCUCAGCUCCGAGAAAUCUUUGACAAGAUCGAUAACCUUCUGUCCGGGCGGUCAGUGGUGUCGGGGGGGAAGUCUGUCUCCACCUCCCAGCAUCCACAGGGCCUGGACUUUGUCAGCUACAAACUGGCCGAGAAGUUUGUGAAACAAGGAGAGGAGGAGGUGGCGUCUCACCACGAAGCAGCCUACCCCAUCGCCGUGGUGGCCUCUGGCAUCUGGGAGCUGCACCCGCGGGUGGGCGACCUCAUCCUCGCUCACCUGCACAAGAAGUGUCCGUACGCAGUCCCACAUUACCCUCCAAUGAAGGACGGUACAUCUGUGGAGGAAUAUCAGAAGAUUCUUGGUUACCGUGUGGACGACUCCGGGAUUGAAGGUCAGGACAGUUUCCUGAAGAGGAUGUCUGGGAUGAUCCGUCUGUACGCUGCCGUGAUUCAGCUGCGGUGGCCCUACGGCUCCAAGCAUGGGUCCGCUCCUCACGGUCUGAACCACGGCUGGCGUUGGUUGGCUCAGAUGCUCAACAUGGAGCCUCUGGCCGACAUCACGGCAACGCUGCUGUUUGACUUCCUGGAGGUUUGUGGAAAUGCUUUAAUGAAGCAAUACCAGAGCCAGUUCUGGAAGCUCAUCCUGAUGCUCAAAGAAGAAUACUUCCCCAGGAUCGAGGCAGCGACCAGCACUGGACAGAUGGGCUCAGUCAUUAGACUCAAGCAGUUUCUAGAGACAUCGCUGCAAAGAGGAGAGAUCAAACCUCCUCAUGGUCAACUGAGCUCUGGUUUCUGGAGGUCGUGAGGACGAGGACAAUCUAUAAAAGCUUCUGCGUAUCCGAGAUGUUCGUCCACCAGACGUCUGAAGAUUCAGUUCACUGGAUAUUUUUUUCUUUACCCUCUAGCAUUUGUUUGUUUUUUUAGGGUGAAAAUCAAGUGUCAUGCAAAUGUUUUCUGUUGCCACAUGAUUAACUGUAAAUAAAUUUUGCCUCAUUUUAAAAUAUUUGCUUCCUUGUUCAAGGGAAACUUUUCACAUCUGUAAUUAGAAACCAUCGUUGUUAAUAGUAGCUGAUAAGAUGUAUUUUGUAUUUACAGAAUACGACUUAAACACUGGCACUAAUCAUGUGUUGCUGCUAACCCUUUCACUUUAACCCAAUCAUAAAUGUGGUAGAGUUGUUAUCUGGUAUGUAAAUUAAACACACAGCCCCAGCUUUCCUUUUUUUUUAUUGUACCUUUUUACAGCUAUGCACACCGAGAUGUUCUUAAUAGUAAAAUCCGACGUGAAGGGAAGACAUUCAAACUGGCAGCUCACCACCGAGAAGCUCAGCUUAUUGGUUCCUCACCACCAGACUGAUCCCGUAUCAGUUACAGACUAAAUAAAUCAUCUGAAAUAAAAACAGAGAUGAUCCGAUCUCUUGGACGACCAAACUACUUUAGAGGAAAAUCUGAAUAACCAGUUCUAAAAUUAAAAUCCAUAGCUUUAACUGACCAUAACAUUUCUAAACGUCGUCCUUUUAAAGGUUUCCUCCAAACGAGCUUCUCUUAAUGUGGACAAACAGUGUAUCUUUUCAACUCUGAGACUUUCAGAAGAGUUCGACAGCUUAGUAUUUAUGAGGAGAAUCUCGAGAAAGGAAAAUGGAUUUGUGAGGCAGAGAGAUCAUGUUCUGUUUGAUAAAUAUUACAACAUCUCAAACUUUUACUGGCUUGAAAACGAGGGCCACCAGGACCAAAUAGAUUCCAUCAGAAACCUGUCAAGGCCUGGAAACAUGUAAAAUAAUUUCCCAGAUGUGCACAGAUGUCAGAUUUUCUCUUCUUAAACAUUUUGCAGGAAAUUCACAGAGUUGCUUCAUCAGAAAUAUGUUUAUUUAUUC